CUGUUCAUUUUAGAAUGUUCUCAUCUUCAUCAAAUUCAUUCACACCAACUCUAGUGUAUUAACCUGAUGGAAAUAUGAACCAAACUGUGUUGCAUAGCACUGUAUUUUUCACUGCGUAUGGACCUCCAGGCCCACUCAACUACGCAGCUUUUUUCUUCACAUUUUUGCUUUUCUUCAUUACAAUAUUUGCCAACAUCAGUCUCAUGCUUGUCAUCUACUUAGAAUCACACUUACACAAGCCCAUGUACAUAUUUCUCUUCAACUUGGCGGUGAAUGGACUGAUUGGGUGUUUAUCCGUCUGUCCGAAGAUCAUGGACAAUCUUGUUAAUGACAUAAAGGACAUCUCUCACAAAGGUUGUUUAUUGCAGGUGUUUUUCAGCAGUGUAUAUGCAACGUGUGCUUACGUUAUUCUAGCAGUGAUGGCAUAUGACAGGUAUGUCUCAAUUUGUAAGCCAUUGCAAUAUCAUAGCAUUAUGACCCCUUCUAAAGUGAAGAUGUUGGUAGCAUUGGUAUAUUUUAUUCCCAUAACUAUGCUUGCUUUUCAAAUAUUUAUCACUUCUAGGCUCCCUGUGUGCAGCUACAAUAUCAACACUUUUUGUGAUAACCUAUCAGUUGUUAAACUCUCUUGUGUUGAAAGUGCACUGAGUAACCUGUAUGGUAUAUGUAUGAUAGCAAGUCUAGUGGUUUCACCUUUUGUGUUAGUUGUGCUCUCAUACAUCAAAAUAUUACUUGUUUGCUUGAAAGUCUCAAAGGAGUCACGAACUAAGGCUUUUAAUACAUGUGCUCCCCACUUGAUCACUUUCAUCAACUUCUCAACAGCCAUCAUUUUUUCUGUUAUUUACAACAGGCACAGCACAGUUAGCAAGGAGGUUAAUGUAUUAAUAGCAGUACAGUCCAUUCUUUUCCCACCACUGGUACACCCUAUCAUAUAUGGUAUUAGGACCAAGGAGAUCAGAACAUGUAUUACAAAAAUUAUAAGAUCAAGAAUCUUUUCUAACUCUCUUGAUUUUCCUCAUGUAAAAUCUGAACGUAAACUGGUACCAAUUAUGACUUUAGAUGGUACAGCAGCAGGGCAAGGGUUGCCGGUUUGAAUCCCAGGUAU